AUGGAUUUAGUAAAUCACUUAAAUGACAGAUUAUUAUUUGCAAUCCCAAAGAAGGGAAGAUUAUAUCAGAAGGCAAUUGAAAUAUUGAAGGGUUCUGAUAUCAACUUCCACAGGUCACAGAGAUUAGAUAUUGCCUUAUCUACAAAUUUACCAAUUGCAUUAAUUUUCUUACCUGCAGCAGAUAUACCUAUGUUCGUUGGUGAAGGUAAAUGUGACCUUGGUAUCACUGGUAUCGACCAAGUAAGAGAGGCAAAUAUCGAUGUCGAGGCUCUUAUGGAUUUGAAAUUUGGUAGUUGUAAAUUGCAAGUGCAAGUCCCUGCAAAUGGACCAUACACGAAACCAGAAGAACUGAUCGGUAAGACUAUUGUUUCCAGUUUCACAAAUUUGACAAGAGCUUAUUUUGCACAAUUAGAGGGUGUUCCAGAGAGCCAAAUGAGUACAAGAGUUAAAUUUGUAGGUGGUUCCGUGGAAGCAUCUUGUGCUCUAGGUAUUGCAGAUGCGAUUGUAGAUUUAGUCGAGAGCGGUGAAACGAUGCGUGCUGCUGGCUUGACAGACAUUGCUACCGUAUUAGACACCAGUGCACAUUUGAUUCAAUCAAAACACCCAAAGGGUGAUUUGACGCUAAUUAAAACGAUAAAAUCAAGAAUUGAAGGUGUGCUAACCGCACAAAGAUACGUUUACUGUACAUACAACGCACCAAAGGAUAGAUUAUCAGAAAUAUUAGUGGUGACACCAGGAAGAAAGGCCCCUACGAUCUCCAACAUCAAUGAUGACGGCUGGGUAGCAGUGUGCGCCAUGAUUGAGAAAUCUAAGAAAGGUUUAGUUAUGGACGAAUUGAAAAGCAAAGGAGCCACAGAUAUCAUAGUUUUCGACAUCUCCAACUGCCGUGUAUAA